AGCGCGCGCUUCACAGUAUUGAUUCCUGAUUCCUGAAAUCAGCUGACACCAACAAAAGGGGCGCGCUUUGGGACACCGUUAAAUUUUAGGCGUUCUAGCAUCACUCCGCCGCUGUCCCAACUAACACCUGUCCCCUAGCACGGGGCCCCUUACACCAGCAAUGGACUACAUCAGAGAGUUCGACAUCCAGCUAGAACGGGAAUACUACUAUCCAGGCGAGACCAUCAAAGGCAAUGUGGUGUUGGAUACCAUCGAUAACUUCAAACUCAGGACUAUAAGAGUAAUUUUGAGGGGUAAAGCUCAUGCAGAAUGGAAGGUGCUUCUAUCAGGAGAUCGCAGAACUGUGAAAGAUGACCAAAUAUUCGUAGAUGAAAGACAAAUCAUUUGGGGUGAGAAAAACCUGGAUACCACUAUUCCCAUACUUCCAAGAGGAACUCACAGAUUCCCGUUCAAAUUCUCUCUUCCAGAGUCAAGUCUACCAUGUUCUUUUGAGAGCAAACCAUGCUAUAUAAGAUAUUUCUUCAAAGUGACGAUUGAUAUUCCUUAUGCCAGUCCACCACAAGGUAUAAAAUAUUUCACUGUCAUUGGACCGCACAUUGAUUGUAUGGAAGAACAAUAUCUGGUAAGCUCACGAGUAUUUGGAUGUUGUCAUAUUCAAGGACGUUUUAUCUGUGGAAGCAUGUUAAUAUUUUAG